CGCGCUCGGCGCUGGGAGGGGCGUGACGCCAGAGGGGCUGGGCUCCAGGCAGCGCGGGGGCGGUGCGCGUGCGGAAAUUGCCAUGGCCACCCAGCCUUCAGCAGCCACCAACAUCGGGGCAAGACCCUCCACCAGCAAAAAGAUUACAACUCACAGCCCAGGUGGUGGUUAACAUUUUUUGGAAUAAAGUAUUUUAAAAUUAAGGGCUUGGAACCAAACCCGCAGUAUCUCCGAGUGACUUCCAACUGAACACAGCAGGGAUUGUGGGGCAGUUUGGAUUCUUGCUGGACUGAAGUUGAUAGAGCAUUUAGGUAUGCUCCACGCCCACCUGGGGCUUGAACUGACCUGAGAUCGAGUCGCUUGCACUACCCACUGAGCCAGCGAGGCGCCCCGGCGGUCUUUUGAAAAGGCCAUGGGGGAUCAGGACUUACCUGGCGUGUUGGUGUCUGGAUUGGAGGGAUCUUAUGGUAUAUGUGAAGAUCAUGUUGGAGAUCUGCAGAAACACUUUAAUCUCAUUACCUUGCAAGAAUUUUUGGAAAAUAAAAUGCAAUUUGGCCCAAAGAUCCAAGCUGUAUAUAUCUGGGGAGGAAGGCCAGCUAUUGACCAGGAGCUCCUGGGGAGCCUGCCCUCCUUGAAGAUAAUUGCCAGCGCAGGAGUAGGUCUCGAUCACCUGGACCUGAAGCUCAUCGCCAGCUUUGGUGUGAAGGUAGCCAACACACCACAGGCCGUGUCCAGCCCCACAGCCGACAUGGGGAUGGCUUUACUGCUGGCGGCCGCUCGCAGGGUCGUGGAAGGUCAUAUGUUGGCCAGUGCACCAGAUACAGAGAAAUUUUCUACAAAUUGGAUGGGUCAAGAGGUGACGGGGGCCACUCUGGGACUCAUUGGCAUGGGCAGCAUUGGUUAUAAGAUUGCUCAGAGAGCCAAAGCAUUCGAAAUGAAGGUUCUGUAUCACAACAGGAGACGCAGGAAAUUAGAGGAGGAGGAAGCUGUUGGUGCCACUUACUGUGAGAGUCUGGAUGACCUGCUUCAGCGAUCAGACUUCGUGCUGUUGGCUGUGAGCCUGACACCCCAGACCCAGAGGCUGAUUGGGAAGAGGGAGCUGAGUCUGAUGAAGCCCACGGCCAUUCUCAUCAACAUCGGCAGAGGUCUGUUAGUCGAUCAGGACGCGCUGAUGGAGGCUCUUCAGACUGGGGUCAUCAAAGGGGCAGCGCUGGAUGUGACGUACCCGGAGCCCCUGCCCAGAGAUCAUCCUUUAUUGAAGUUGAGGAACAUCACUCUGACACCUCACAUUGGAAGUGCUACUCACCAAGCCAGACGACAGAUGAUGGAGAAUCUGGUGGAAAGCAUCCUGGCUUCUCUCAAUGGCCUUCCCAUUCCUAACGAAGUGCUACUUAAAUGAUCGUAUGUGGGCUGGUCAGUGCGAUGACAGAUUAAAUGGGGAAAAAAUCUUAUUUUGUGUUUUACUAGAGUCCAUUAUAUAGAUUGGUUUAAUAUUCUUUUGGCCAAAGGGGGCCUGGCUGGCUCAGUCGGAAGAUGUCAGGGUCCUGUUUGAGGCCCCACCUAGGGAGUGGAG